AACAGUGUUUAUGCUGAUAACAUGUUAUAUCAAUACCUCAACUGUAUAAGUUAUCUCAGGAGAAACUGACUCGAUGGAACGCUAGAUCCGCAUAUCUUUAAAUCGCUAGACCGUUGGAUCACUAGACCGUUGGAUCCAUCGGCCCGAUGGAUCGCUGGGUCGGUGCUUCGCUGGGUCGAUGGAUCGCUAGGCCGAUGAAUAGCUGGGUCGAUGCUUCGCUGGGUCGAUGGAUCGCUAGGCCGAUGAAUAGCUGGGUCGAUGGAUCGAUGGAUCUCUGGGUCGAUGGAUCGCUGGGCCAAGAUCGCUAGGCCUAUGAAUAUCUGUGUCGAUGGAUCGCUGGGCCAAUGGAUCGCUAGGCCGAUGAAUAUCUGGGUCGAUGGAUCGCUCUGGGUCGAUGGAUCGCUGGGCCGAUGGAUCGAUCGGGUCGUCGAGGCCGCGUUUUUCGGUCUGCCUGUGUGGCCAAGAUGGCGGCAUCAGUCGACCCCGUACGUUGUGUAAAACUAAUCAAAUCAUUUAAUAUUGUAUCUUAAAAAGGCGAUACCCCGUCUAAAAAAAGGUUAUAAUAUCAAAUACUAAUUGUUUUCAUGUAAAGUAUUGCGUGAAAAAAAACGAAAAUAAAUGUUAGAGAAAAGUAAUUUCUCACUUGUUGGUAUUCCUGUGUAUUUUGGACAGCGGAGGGAAAGACAACAUGGCGAUCGUAAACUAUUAUUAUUACUUAUCGAUUUUACUCCUUUAUGUUGCUGUUUUUAUGCGUUCUGCGGCCCACGUAAAUGAGGAAAGUGUAAAAUUUAUCAAGUUGGUAAUUGAGACUACUGACGACAUCGAUAGAUGUACAUUUUCGCCUAUUACUGCGUUCCCACGCGGCCAACGUGUUCAGACGGCCCUUGGAAACUCAGCAGAAGCCUUUCUUGUCCCUGACGUUAUUCUCUGGGACCCCAUUUCAGCGUUCCCAGAUAGUUCUUUCCAGUGUCCAGCAUGCUUGGAGAUAUCGGAAAUAGAGUACCUUCGUCCCACAAGAUGGAAGGAUGGGGUAACAGUACAUGACCAGCCAAGAAUGCUAUUUGGUUUACGGAACAGUGCCCUUCUUGUGAGCAGGGUAUAUUUUUGCCCCAAUAAACAUCAGAUCCUUAGCCACGACAAAAGAAUCGUAACACCCCUCGGAUCAGAACACGUACCGUUUGUUUUAUUUCACAAGUGUGGUAUCACAAGGGACCUCUUCAAGUUUUUUAUUUCACAUGUCAAAACAGGGAUGUCAAUUAGCGAUAUUCAGGUACUCUGGCAGCAAAUGUUAUACGAUGAGUACGGCUUACGGAAACUUUCUUUUGUAAAAACUAACAUUGCAACUGCUUCCCCAUUUCUUGAUUUCACAUCCCAGUCAAGCAAAGUUGGAGAAAAAAUAAUAGUCGCCUGUUUUGUUCAGGAUUAUUUUGAGAAGGAGCACCUGUACAAAAGGAGAAUGCAAGAGAUGACUGCAAAGUAUUUAAGUGCUGAUCAUACUUUCAAGGUACCUGCCAAUGUUGGUUGCUGGGUAAAUGAGAAGUGGGUCCGCCUUUAUGACAGCCUCUUUAUUGUGAUGAAUGAAGAUGGAAUUGUUGUGGCUUGGAAGCUUUGUAAAGGUACUAGCUUUGUAGUAAUUGAAGAGUUGCUAUGGGAUCUGAAAGCAAAUCUGGAUAGACUCAAUUGCCAAAUAGAACAAAUACAUGUAGAUAACUGCUGCCAAUGGGGCCAGAAACUUAAUUCUGUGUUUGAUGCAUCUUCAGUUAAGCUGGAUCAUUUCCAUGCUAUACAACGUUUUACUUCUACAAUUCCGAAGAAAGGUGGAUACAAUUCGCCAAUGAGGAAGUUGAGAUCUGAGAUGCUGGCAGAGUUUAAGUAUUUUCUGAGGGAUCCAACUGACAAGGGGAAGGACAGAGUAAAAUCAACACCAUCAAGCAAUGUAAUGGAAGCAAAUAUUGACUCUUUUCUGAGGCAAUGGGAAAGUGUUGAGUAUGAAGGUGAACAGAUUGUUCCGGAGAAAGGUAUAGCUGAGAUAAACAAAUUGCUGGCUCAUAUCAGAAAAGGUUGCUUAUCUGGAAUUCCUCCUUCGGGUGGCACCAAUCGUAAUGAAGGUAUACACAGAGUACUCAACAAAACACUGAAAAGAUCGAGACUUGGCCUACAGUAUGCUUUGGCAUUGCUUGGGGUGUUUUUCUAUAUUUGGAAUGAGGAGAAACUGUCUUUGACAAACAAAAAGAGAAAGAUCAGGGUUACUCCCCCAGUGGAAACACACUUCAAUGAUACAACAUAUUGCAAUGGAACAGAACAUCAUGCAAUUUACAACCAAUAUUUGAGAGAACAGGAUGUUCUUUCAAAUGAGGAUGCAGCUUUAGAUGUGUUAAAUAGACUGCAGGAAUCCUAUAAUACAAAUUGUGAUAACCUUUCAGAAGAUGAAGAAUUAGAUAGAAGUGAAGAUGUCAAAGAUUCUGAGGAGCAUGAAUUCAGUCUCGGUGAUGCUGAGAAGGAGUUUAUUUGUGCUACAUCGAAGGCAUAUGAAGAAUUAAUAAGAAAUGUUGGUGAUCAGUCUCAGGGGAGUUAUGGAAAGCUCAAACCAAGCAUUGCUAUGUUUGAGAGUAGCAUGUUGGGUCUAGUCAGUUCCAGUUUGCCUGGUAAAUAUAACUCCUCAGCUCUAGAUGACAUACUUGCAAACUUUGCAAUGACUAGAGUCCCAGUCCCUGGUGAUGGAAAUUGUUUCUACAAUGCAGUGGCGCAUGGCCUUAUUACGACAGUCUUCCCAAAUAUAACUUCCUCAUCUGAUAUUGGGAAGCACCUGUCUUCUCUUGGUUUACAUGGUGAACAAGGCAUGUACGAUAUGGCAUUCAAGUUGAGGUUACUCAAUGUUAACGAGUGGCUAAAUGACCCAGAACCAUACAGGCUAUUUCUGCUAAACGGAGAAUCGCUAGAAGAUCAAGCAAAUGCCUUUUUAAAUGAUGGAUAUUUCAAUGCAGCUAUUGGAAAUAUCACGGUUCUAGGAAUGGCAAAUAUUUUGAAAAUGCCAAUAGUGUUAUUGUCCCAAAUGCAAAAUUUCCCUGUGGUCCCUGUUUCACCAACUAAAGGUACAGUGAUAAGUACACCACUCUAUCUAGCCUUCGAUCAAUCUGGUCUUGGCCAUUAUGAUGCUAUUGCUAUGCGGUCUGAACAACCUGAGACAGAUGAAAGCAAGUUUGACAAUUCUGCAGCGCAAAAGGCCAAUGGGGCCAAUAGUGCUGGGAGCUGCAGAUGCGGCCAAGGAGCUAAGAAAAAGGAGAAGGAUGUAAGGUCAUGUCACAGCUUUAAAUCAAGGUGCAAAUGCUUUCAGAGUGUUAAGGGGUGUUCUGACUGUGACUGUUUAGGUUGCGAGAACCCUUAUGGGAAAAAAAUGCAAAGGGGCCAUUCCAAGGUCACGCUUACAAGAAAAAGAAUGGCACCAAGGAUGACAACCGAAAUGGUUGCAGGAAAGAAGUUUGCACAAAAACUUGAUGUCACAGGCAACAUUGCUCAUGGCUGGACCUUGUUUGAGGAACUAAUAGUUAUCCAGAUCCUCCAAAUGCAGCUGGCAAAGGGAGGUAUAGAUAUUGAUUGCAUUUAUCAACACUUCUUACAACUGGUGAGCUGUAAUGUUAACCCUAAAUCUAUUGCACAAAUAUCAAGUAAAGUGAUGUCACUUAUCAGUGAUGAUAGAGUUUUUAGAACUAAACUAAAAGAACAGGCCCGCCUGAAUUGGUUUGCUCAUUAGAUCUAGCAAAUUUGUUUAGAAUUGUGUACAUUUGAUGUCUGUCAAACUAUGCAGGAACACUGCCAGAUUUAUGUUAUUAGUAUAAUAUAUGGAGGCAAGCCACAAUCAGAUCCAUUUAGCAAAAAUAACAUGUAAAAGCUUACAAUACAUGUAUAUCCUGUAUAUGCUUAUGUUUAAUUUAAUAGGGAUGUUCAAAUUUCAGUUACUGUUCUUUAUUGUAACAAACUAAAUUUCUAGACUAAAUUGAAUAAUGUAAGUCUCCUGAUUAUAUUAUUAUUAUCAGAACAUAUUUUGACAUUUCUUUAACUUGGUUAAUAUGUGUUAAAUGCAAGUUACAGUUUAUUAGAUCAUUGAUUUCAAAAAAGGCAAAUUACAAGUUUUUGCUUAGUCUAUUAAAGAUACGUAGUGCCAACAAAUGUUGUUCUAAGGCAUUUUCUGAAAAGAGAAUAAAAGGUGGUAGUUUAAGAAUAAGGGGAUGUAAGUACCGGUAUGAUCAUUGCUUAGUGAAUCAAUAAACCAACUGCACGGUUACAAUUUAAUUAUAAUUUGGUUAUUGUGAUGAGGUGUUCAGCAUGUAGGGAGGACAGAAAUUCUUGUUGAAACUUUACAAAGUAACAGUUACUGACUUUAGUCUAAAUCUGCCGGUAUGUGGUAUUGAGAAUUGACUUUACAAAUAGGCAGUGGGACCGGGGAGAUUUGGAGGGGGAGGGGGACACUGGUAGAAAAAAUGGGAGGGGAGGGGGGUCAGAGAUAAAAAAUUACAAUUUGUGUUGUGCCCCUCCCCUAAUAUUUGUUUGCCUCCCGCCCAUGUAAUAAAGUUCGUCAAUCUCAAUGUAACAAGGAUGGAUGACUUCAGAUUCUAGUAGCAUUUCGGUUCAAUUUAUCAGCUUCCCUAGCACGUCUUUGUUUGUUUGUUUUUUUUUUUCAAAUACACCUGGAUUUAAGAUGUAGAAUGUAAAAAUUAAGCUUAUUCAGCUUUAAUGUAAAGCACUGUAUUUUAAUCCAGCAACCAACCUCUUAGCAAUGGUUCUUAUCUAAAAAUGGUUACAAAUGAUCAACGGUUGAUACUUACUAAGCUUAAAGUAGUUAUUUGCAUAUAUAUUUUACCAAAA